AACGGUAACCUAAAAACUUUCUGCAUCGGCGCAGAAUUCCGUGUUUACAGUUCACACAUGUUUCGUUCUUCUCGAAUUUCUUUUCUUGGAGUGAAGCCAAAGUUUAAAAUUAACCCCAUUUAGAACAAUCGCGUAGUAGAAACUUCUGGAAUCGAAAAUCUGGUGUUAAAAGUGAUCAAUACGCUUCAUGAACUUCAGUUCGUAUCUUCUUCAUUUGGUAUCAUACUUUUGCUUUCAAGUGUGCAAAAACUGUGUUUAAUACAACUGUCUAUUAGUUUCCUCUGUUAAAUUAAUCUACACUCGUGUGCGGUGGUGUCCUAGAUUUUUUUCUAAUUAUGCCUGAACUCAAGGAGGUGGUGAAUUCUGACAAUGCGGUUGAACUGAAAGAGAAAGGGAACGAGGCAUUUAAACUUGGUGAUUUGGAUCUAGCCCUGAAGUACUACACUGAUGGAUUGAAAAUUGCACCCAGUGACUCCAACGAGCAAGCUACACUCCUCAAAAAUCGUGCUGCGGUUUAUUUGAAGCGGAAUGAAAAUGAGAAAGUCGUCGCUGACACAACAUCUGCGCUUGAAAUCACCCCUAAUGAUCCCAAGUCUCUGUACAGGCGCUGUCAAGCUCUAGAAAACUUAGAAAGGUUUGAAGAAGCAUAUCGUGAUGCUAAACUUAUCCACACCGUCGAUCCAGGUAAUAAAGUUAUCCAGCCGGUUUUGGCCAGAUUGCAUGCAAUUGUUCAAGAAAGAAUGAGACUCAAUGCGCAGACUCAGAACAAGGUAUCUCAAAUGUUCAAGUAUGCAUUUACGAUGGAAGAAUCUUCUGAUAAGAGAGAACAAGCAAUGAAUAAUCUAUUGGUGCUGAGUAGAGAGAAAACUGGAGCAGAUGCGCUAAUCGAAGCAGGUGUACUUCAUAAAAUCAGUCAACUUGUAGGUGUGGAAAAAAAUUCAGAGAUAUACCUUAAUGCCAUUCGUACCGUUGGGGAGCUCUGCAAGAACAAUGUUAGCAGGACCAAAAAAGUACUCCAUGAGCUCGGCGUUCCAUGGUUUCUUGACAUUUUAAAUUGUCGCAGUGAGGAACAAGUGAAUGCUGCCCAGUAUUGCUUACAGUGCAUUCUCAACUCUCUCAGUGGCUUGGAGAAUAAUUUGGACUCGCGGCCGAACGAAAAAUUAUGUGAAGAAAACAAGAAAGAAAUCGAUACUUUGUUGACUUGCCUUGUUUAUUCCUGUAACAGUAGAACUAUAUCUGGGCUAGCGCGUGAUGCAAUUAUUCAACUGAUCACCCGUAAUGUUCACUACAAAGCCAUAAACUGGGCGGAGCGACUGAUCGAGAUCAAAGGACUUCAGAGACUUAUGGAAGUAGCAAGUGAGUUGCAAGAAUAUAAGUAUGAGUCAUCAAUGGAAAUUACUGAGUCCACCCACAUUUUAACGUCCGUUUGCUUUGCUAGAAUUUAUGAAAACAUGUAUUAUGAUAAAGCUCGUGAAAGAUACCUGGAAAAUGUCUUGGAUUUCGUGAAAGGGAAACUUAUCACACCGGACAUUGAAUCUAAAGUCAGAGUUACUGUUGCAAUUAAGUGCCUCCUGCUUGGACCCUUAGACAUUGGUAACACAAUAAUCGCUCGGGAGGGAAUUAUGGAGAUGAUCAUCGUCAUGGCAAAUACUGAAGAAAAACUGCAGCAGAAAGUAGCUUGCGAAUGCAUUAUUGCAGCAGCCUCGAAGAAGGACAAAAUUGCCUCAAUUAUUCAGCAAGGUGUUGGCAUUUUGAAGAAUCUUUAUGCUUCCAAAGAUGAUGAAAUUCGGGUGAGGGCUCUUGUUGGUCUCUGUAAACUGGGAAGCAGCGGUGGGACAGAUGCAUCAAUUCGACCUUUUGCCGAUGGCUCAACUGUCAAACUUGCUGAAGCUUGCCGUAAAUUUUUACUGAACCCCCAUAAAAGUAAUGACAUGCGAAGAUGGGCAGCAGAGGGACUUUCCUACCUAACGCUGGAUGCUGAAGUGAAAGAAAAAUUGACUGAGGACAAACCAGCCAUCCGUGCGUUGAUUGAGCUCAGCAAAGAGAAAACUCAAGCAUCUGUCUACGGUGUUAUCACUACGUUUGUUAAUCUGUGCAAUGCAUACGACAAGCAAGAAGUGAUACCUGAAAUGGUUGAACUUGCCAAGUUUGCAAAGCAUCAUAUUCCAGAGGAACACGAGCUGGAUGACCCAGAUUUCGUCGCAAAACGUAUCAACGCUCUAACGAAAGAAGGACUUACUCAUGCACUCGUUGCUUUAUCGAAAACUGAAAGUGACAAUAGCAAAGAACUGGUUUGUCGUGUUUUCAAUGCAAUGGCCAGCCAACAAGACUUGAGAGGAAUCAUAGUUGCGCAAGGAGGAGUCAAAGUCCUUCUGCCCAUGUCUCUUAGAGGAACGGAGAAAGGAAAGAAACAAGCAGCUCAAGCCAUUGCUCGCAUUGGAAUUACAAUGAAUCCAGAAGUUGCAUUUGCAGGUCAACGAGCCUUAGAAGUCGUGCGACCACUGUUAAGUUUACUCCACCCAGAAUGCACUGCCUUGGAGAGUUUUGAAGCAUUAAUGGCUCUGUGCAAUCUAGCUGGCAUGAAUGAGAGCGUCAGGAAGAGGAUCAUCAAAGAACAGGGUCUUCAAAAAAUUGAGACUUACCUUUUUGAAGAUCAUCUCAUGCUGCGUCGAGCAGCUACCCAGUGUAUCACUAAUUUAGUGAUGUCGCCAGACGUUGUUCAGUCUUAUGAAGGUAACAAUGACAAGUUGAAAUUCCUCGUGUUACUUUGCGGAGAAGAAGAUGCCGAGACAAGUCAAGCAGCCGCAGGGGCAGUGGCUAUGUUAACUGGAGAGAGCGUUAAAUGUUGCUCUAAAUUGUUCGAGGUUUCCGAUUGGCAAGAACGUUUCAAGGAACUGUUGGCACAUCCAGAUCCAGGUACCCAAUACAGAGGUGCUGUGAUCAUUUACAAUGUGAUUUCAAGUUCCAAGGAAAAUGCAGAAAAAAUUGUCGAGACUGGCAUUCUUGAAGUUUUGAUGGCCCUAACGCUGUUAAAGGAAGAUGGUACGGAAAAAGUCCGCGAGUUUGCCGAAAAAUCUCUGAAAGUUGCGGAGACCAUGAAAGUAAUCAAGAAACCUGAUAGUGCAGAUGUUACUAACGAUGUGAAUCAAUCUGAUGAUGAAUCAUGAGAGAACAAUUUUAUUUCUGCAUCAGUUAUUCCGUGCUAAUUAUCAUCAGUAUUCAUAUAUUUUGUCAGCAUUAUUUCCUCAUGUUAAAAUAUUUACUCAAAUUAGACGCUCUACCUCUGUUUUAAGAGGAGGAAUUGUCAUUUUUACUCACUCAUGUUUUCUGUAUGAUUGCUACAGCAAGGGAAAAAUCAUGUAAAAAAUAUUUGAAACAGCAUUUGUGACAAGAUCAAUUGAAAGCUUUUUCUUCCUAACAAAAUUGUUCUACUAGAAGAAUGAUCUGGAAAAAAAUCAAAGAAAUAUUAAAGUAACCCAGUUUUUGUGCAAAUGCAACGUAAUGCGUUCAGAAAAAGUUAUGUGUUUUUCCUUCAUUACAAUGUAGUAGCCUACGUUCUUUGCUUCAAGCAUUCACCAAGAUGAGUGAAGUCAUCAGAAUUGAAGAAAUAUAUUUAUCAAAUUUUUAAUCAUAUUAUUGAAAAUCGUAGUUUCUCAAGUUCUCAAAAUCAAAGCGGAUAUCCUUUUUCAUUUUUUAAUUCAAGCUUCUGUGGUCCAAAAUUUCAAGUGCAUAAAUAUUUUCUUCUUGUCAUGGUGCCAAUAUUUUCACCAAAAAUGUGCAGAAAAUACUAGGUCUAUUU